AUGGUGGAUGACCUCAAGCAGUUUCUAUAUAAAAACUUACCAAGUGUUGAAGGACUUCAUGCUGUUGUUGUUUCUAGUAGAGGUGGAGUGUCUGUUGUUAAAGUAGCCAGUGACAGUGCCCCAGAAUGGAGACUUGGUUUCUUCUCCACCUUUGCCCUUGCCAGGGGGGUAAACUGGGACUUUCAAAAAAUAAAAAGUAUUAGUAUUAUCUGUUACUACAACACCUACCAAGUGGUUUAAUUUAAUCAUUUACUUGUCGUGGUGAGUUUCAUAGCCAACAGCAUUGCCAAUACAGAACUAAUUGAGUUAGAAAAGGAACUUCCUCCAUUAUUUAAAGCUUUGAGACAAGUUGUGGAAGUUUCUUAA